AUCUCGGUUCAGCAUCAUCCAAGGUCACAAAAUCAUUCUUCCUACCAAACUAUUUUACUUUUCCUCUGAUGCUAGCGAAGUUAGGGUUCUUGAGCAUGAGCGUGGAAAGAGUAGUGGAUGAAGUUUUCGUGGGGGAAAGUGGUGGCGCUUAAGAUCUACAGUGACGUGACUCUGAAACAGUGGACGUAUGAGGAUCUCCGUGGCUUGAGCGAGAAAGCGAGCGACGCCUUCAAAGCUAGAGGUCUUCUCGCUCCAGCGGAUCUCAAGCGGAACAUUGCUGCAGCACGCCAGUACAACCAGAUGGCAUCGAGACCCGAGACCCAGCAGGGAUCUGAGUCUCUACUUCUCCAAGGCGGACGUUGGAGAUGAGAACUGUAGCGGAGUUCAGGCGCGAGUUCUACUCGAUAGAAAUUCCAAGUGAAGCUUUGCUCUAUGAGAGGAUGCUGGAUGCCAUCGUGUCAUCGUCUGCGCCUGUCAAGUCCCACUUCAAGAAAGAGGACAACACCGUCUUCUAUGAUCGCUCCGCUGAAGGGAAUGUGGUGUGUAUCAUGCACGUCUGCGCCCUGGGAGAUCAUAACGACAAAGACUAUCAGGAUGCGCUUGGGGGGCUCAUGUAUGCGAUGCAAGAUCGCGUCUUCGAGAUGCAUCCCACCAGGAAGUUUGCGCUUGGCGCCGUUGCAACGUGGGGAGAGUUUGAGAUUUUCAAGUUCGUGGCAGGAUCUCUUUUCCCGGUUGAAAGCACAGUUCAGCUGUUGAAUGUCUGGAAGCGUAACAAGGUUGGCGGUGGAUUCCGAGCUCUCAUGGCGCUCAUGUGUGUGGACGAGGAGGCCAUGGGAAUGGAACCCAGUGUAUCAGAAUUGCAGGUGACAGAUAAUCUCCAUGAGUUGUUUCCGAGGGUGUCUUUCUUGUUUCUAGGCUGAAGGUAAGACAUUCUAUGAUCGGGGAGAAUACGAGAGUGCGCUGGAUCGGUACACUCGGACAAUUGCGCAGACCAAUCUGGAGCAGGAGAAAUCGGUGCUGCUCUCAAACGGAGCACAAGUUCAUCUCAAAAUGGCCAAUUACAGGCACGCCUUUGAAAACGCCCGGUGUGGAC